AUGUUGGAACUGAAAAACAGGAAAUAUACAGUAGAAAUCAAUCAAGAAUUUGUUUCCACAGAGACAGCAAUAGGGACUGGUAAAGUAGUGUCCACCACUGCAUGCGCUAGUGUGUGUACCAGCAAUGAUAAAUGUUGCACCGCGAACUAUAAUACAUCAACACAAGAUUGCAAUCUCAACAGCUGUUGUAUUCCCGAUACAAGACCGUCGGAGAAUGGAAUUACUAUAAAGAGAGUGGCCAAACCAGAUGAGGAUGAUGUAAAAACUAAACGAAUGAAUUGUGGUGAUGUUUGCAAAGGAUCCGGUGAUGGAAUAUACAUAAUAUUUCCUGAUGGUUCUAACGAAGGAAUAGAAGUUUACUGCGAGUUAGACGAUGCAUAUGGAUGGACGGUCAUUCAAAGAAGGGUAGAUGACUCCGAAGACUUUAACAGAAGCUGGUUGGAUUAUAAACACGGAUUUGGAAAUCUUUCUGGGAAUUUUUGGCUCGGCAAUGCAAACAUUCACAAGAUCGUUGCUGGAACGAACCAUUCAUUGAGAGUAGACAUUGAAGAUAAGGAUAACAAGACGUACGGCGCUGACUAUCACAUAUUCAACGUUUCGGAUGAAAGAAGUAAUUACACAUUGACAAUUGUCGACCAGAGUGGCAAGGAUGCUGCUAAAAAGGAAGUCGCUAAACCAAGGGUUCAUGGUGGUAACGUUUAA